AUGUCUGAGACCGGCGAAAGCCUCCACAAACGGUCGAAAUCCGCCGCCCUCUCGCUCCUUAGUAGGCGCAAGCCGCCAGUCGACGACGACAUGGCCUCUGACGAUGGCCAGGGAGCGUCCGCCUCCCAUUCUACACCUCAGAACAUCCAAAUCCCUAGCCAACAGCCGCCCAGAGGCCACUCCUCCAGAUUGUCUACCGCUGGCAGCGCCUUGGGUCGAACGCCCUCGAACCACCAAGCCACCCCUUCCGUCGGCGGAGGAAGGUCGCCAUCCAUGCUAUUCGACAAAGGACAGGGGGCGUCUCUCGAAUCCUCCGUACGCAAGUUUCGGAUCGUCGAAGCUCUUCGUAACGGCGAUACGGCGUCCAUUUCCAGAGCCAUCCGCGAGACUGCCGAGAACAACCCACGCAUGAGCAUUUCGUCCGCUGUUACCGGCCCUCUCGAAGAUACCACGAUCCUCCACUUGGCCAUCCAGUGUGCCGAACAGACUGUUGUCGAGUACGUCUUGUCAGAUGGUGCUGGCUCUCUCGACAUCAAUGCCCGCGACAAAGACGGAAACACUCCUUUGCACAUUGCUGCCCAACAGGGACGUACCCAGAUUCAACUCCAGCUUGCCAGAUCGCUGUUCGCUGAGGACAAGGUUCGACAAGUGCAGGACCUUAUCCUCCAUAGCGACUUCAAGACUCUCGAGGAGGUGUUGGAAGAGCCACGUUUCAAAACUGUCCUCGACAUCAACAGCACCGAAUUUGCCGCCGAGUCCGCCACGGUUGAGAGCGGUGGCACCCUGCUUCACGAAGCCGCUCGUCGCAAAAACACAAAGCUGAUCCAGGUUCUACUGCUGCACGGAGCAGACCCCUUCCGCAGAGAUCGCAAGGGCAAGCUCCCGCAGGAUGUCACAAAGGACGAGAUCACAAAAGCCAUGCUCAAGAAGUCCCCCGCUGCUGUGGCUGCCCAGAGGGGCAUUCAGGAGAAGGCCGUCUUGGGGUCAGCCACACAUGGGGCAGCUGCUGCGGCGUCUGGUGAUCCCCUGGCGGGAAGGGAAGCUCGCGAGAUGAAGGGAUAUCUCAAGAAAUGGACCAACUACAGAAAGGGAUACCAGCUUCGUUGGUUCGUUUUGGAGGAUGGUGUCUUGAGCUACUACAAGCAUCAGGAUGACGCGGGUUCUGCCUGCCGUGGUGCUAUCAACAUGCGCAUUGCCAAACUUCAUAUGACUCCUGACGAGAAGACAAAGUUCGAGAUUAUAGGGAAAAACUCGGUCAAGUACACUCUGAAGGCCAAUCACGAAGUCGAAGCAAAGCGCUGGUUCUGGGCCCUCAAUAACUCCAUCCAGUGGACCAAGGACCAGGCCAAGGAGGAAGAGAGACAGCGUGCCCGCAAUGCCGAACUGCUGAAGCAGGCAAAGGCGGAACAUGCCCAUAGCAUGUCUGACGCCGGUAGCGACAAUGCUAGUUUCGUUGAGCACCGCCGUCAGAGCGUGCAGCUUUCUCGCAUGCAUUCUACGGCCAAGGCUUCCAAAGCCUCCUAUGGCGCCAGUGGUAACGGAAGCAACGAAGACGAUGACUUUGUGGAUGCCGGAACCGAAGCAGACAGGGGUGAGCAUCAUCAUGGCGAUGAUGACGACGAUGACUACGGUGAGGGUUCGAGCGGACAGGAUGUUCCAUCGGCAAACAAGGAUGCUUUCAACAUCACUGCGCAGUCUGCAAAACUCCAGCUGGACACCAUGGCGCAGGUCACCGCGGCCCUGUUGGCGGAAACCAACAAGAACCCCGACCUAAGGUUGUCGGAUCCCAAGACCUCUCAAGCCUUGGCUGCCUAUGAUGCUGCAAUUCGCUCUCUUACGGGACUUGUUGGCGACCUCCUCCGCAUCUCCAAAGACCGCGACGCGUACUGGCAGUACAGACUUGACCGUGAGAGUGAGAUGCGUCAAAUGUGGGAGGAAAGCAUGGCCCAAGUUGCCAGGGAGCAAGAAGCCCUGGAGGCUCGGGUUGGGGAGGCCGAAGCCAAGAGGAAAAUUACCAAGCGUAUCCUCAAGGAAGCCCUUGGAUCCGGUAUCAUUGACGAAAGCCAAGUGAAGACCGCUGCACCCACGGCUGCCGCUGCUGCUGAGGCCACUGAUGAUGCCGACGCCGAACAGGCUGAUGCCAGGCCUAAGUCGCCGGUUCAAAGCAUUCGCCGCCAAAAGACCAUCAUGGAUCAGGUCGCAGAGCUGUCUGACUCCGACUCGGAUGAGGAAGAGUUCUUUGAUGCAGUCGACGCUGGUACUGUUGAGGUUUCCCAGUUGCCCCCUUCGGAGCCAGUGGCUUCAUCGAGCGAGACUCAGCUCGUGAUCUCGGAUGGUACAGAUAUCAGCGAGUCGUUCAAGGGAUACGAGAACGGUAUCAGGACAAAGUUGAAGAUGGAUGCAGACAAUAGGCCCACUAUCUCCCUCUGGGGUAUCCUCAAAUCCAUGAUUGGCAAGGAUAUGACCAAGAUGACUCUGCCCGUCUCCUUCAACGAGCCCACUUCGCUCCUCUACCGCUGUGCUGAGGAUAUGGAGUACGCCGACCUCUUGGAUCUCGCCGCUGAUCGCUCUGAUUCGAUAGAGCGUUUGAUCUAUGUUUCCGCUUUCGCCGCCAGUGAAUACGCAUCGACCAUCGGUCGCGUUGCUAAGCCUUUCAACCCCCUCCUUGGCGAGACCUUUGAGUACGUGAGACCGGACAAGAACUACCGCUUCUUCAUUGAGCAGGUUAGCCAUCACCCGCCCAUUGGUGCAGCCUGGGCCGAGUCUCCCAAGUGGACUUACUACGGAGAGUCGGCUGUCAAGUCCAAGUUCUAUGGCAAGUCCUUCGAUGUCAACCCUCUGGGUACCUGGUUCCUCAAGCUCAGGCCGACUUCCGGUGGAAAGGAGGACUUUUACACCUGGAAGAAGGUCACUUCAUCCGUCAUUGGCAUUAUCACCGGUAACCCCGUGGUUGACAAUUACGGUGUGAUGGAGAUCAAGAACUGGACCACCGGCGAGGUUUCGUACGUCGAGUUCAAGCCCAGGGGGUGGACCAAGUCGAGUGCCCACCUGAUUGGUGGCAAGAUCCUUGACGCCAACGGCCAGGUCCGUGUCAGCUUGGGCGGUCGCUGGAACUCCAAGUUCUACGCCCGCUUGACGCCUGGCUACGAGGCCACCAUUGAGGAGAAGUCGGGCAACGAGACCGUCCACAAGGGCGGCAUCAACGACCCGACCAAGGCCUUCCUCAUCUGGCAAGCCAACCCGCGCCCGACUGGUAUUCCCUUCAACCUCACCCCCUUCGUUGUCACCUUUAACCACCUCGACGAUAACCUCAAGCCCUGGCUCGCCCCCACGGAUUCUCGCUUCCGCCCCGAUCAGCGUGCUAUGGAAGAGGGCGAGUAUGACUUUGCUGCGACGGAAAAGAACAGGCUCGAAGAGGCCCAGCGUGCGCGUCGCAAGGCUCGUGAGAGCAAGGGCGAGGAGUUCCAGCCCGCGUGGUUCACCAAGGCGCGGUGCGAGAUUACGGGCGAGGAGUACUGGAAGUUCAACGGCGAGUAUUGGAACAGGCGCGCGAAGGCUGGUCCUAACGGCGAGGCCAGUGCUUGGCAGGGGUUGGAGCCCAUUUUCCAGGAUGCUUAG